AUGUUUGACAACACGCAGUACCCCUAUAACUGCUUUAAUUACGAUGGGGAUGAUUAUCCUACCUGUAGUUCUGAUGAAGAGAAAAAAUUCACCAGACCGGCAUACAGCUACAUUGCCUUAAUUGCAAUGGCCAUCCAGCAAAGUCCUUCAAAUAAAGUCACCCUCUCUGGCAUUUAUGACUUUAUAAUGAAGAAAUUUCCUUACUACAGAUCAAAUCAAAGAGCCUGGCAGAACUCCAUCCGACAUAACUUAUCACUUAACAGUUGUUUUGUAAAGGUUCCCAGAACAGAAGGGAAUGAGAAGGGGAAAGGAAACUAUUGGAGCUUUGCAACGGGAUGCGAAUCCAUGCUGGAUCUCUUUGAAAAUGGGAAUUACAGGAGAAGAAGAAGGAGGAGGAACAUGAAAAGGGAACAUAAGGAGCAGAGACCAAGCAGAGGGAAAAGUCCUUCAUCCUCCAAUAUGUCUUCUAUGGACUCUGCUUUAAGCAACAUUUCCUCUUCCGAAAGUAAACAUGAAAGAAUUGAAUCAGGCCCAAGACUACUGGAGGCUCGUGGGCUUGCUCCAAACAGCAUGACUAACAGGCAGAGCCUAAGCAAUUCCUCCUUAGCAAAAUCGGAUUCUGAAAUUAAAUUCAGCAUUGAUUACAUCCUUUCUGCCCCCGACCCUCUGCCUGUCCUGAGAUCUCAGUAUCAUAUGCAAGAAAGUAAAUAUCAUCUACUGGAGGCCCAGCAAAUUAAUCUCCAGUUCUGGACAAUGUGA